AAAUUAGAAAAUACAGAAGCACUGUAAGAAACAGAAGAAAGGGGGAAAAAUGCAACAAACGCUUGUAGACUCGACUAAUUUCAAUCCUAAAAUCCUUCAUUGCUUCUCAAAAUCAAAGCUCUCAAUCCAUCCUCGCUGCAGUAAAAUCCGAAAUAAUUUAAAAAAUCCUACUACCAUUCGUACAACUGCUACAGUCAUUUCCAGCCCUUCGAAUUCCUUCAUAAAACACUGCCUCAAGCUCCGCCAGAGCUCUUCCUAUCGCCAUUCGCAUGCUUCCGUUCUCGUCGUCGGUCUCACUCCCAUAAGGGAGAUAUCCAGAUUUCAAGAAUUACAGGGAGAGGGGCCCACCAUUUUGGAUUCUUUACUUCUACUCAAUGAUGCCGAAGUUCCCAAAGGAUUAUAUGACCCAUCUGUUCGCAUUGUGCGUGUGAGCUCUAUUGUGAUGAAAAAACUUUCUGGGCUGCAAUCAAUAGAUUCCGUUGAAGCGAUCGCCCUUAUGAGAAUUCCCAGUAGCUUCUGCAACAUGGAUGGUGACCAAGAGGAAGAUUGUGAGAGUUGGUUUCCUUCUCCACAUCGAAUAUUAGUCCUGGACGGAAUUCAGGAUCCCGGCAACCUUGGUACUUUACUAAGAUCCGCAAUGGCAUUCAGAUGGGAUGGGGUUUUUCUACUCCCUGGUUGCUGUGAUCCUUUCAAUGACAAAGCACUCAGGGCAGCCCGCGGAGCUUCCUUUCAGCUCCCCAUUGUUUCUGGUAAGUGGGCCCACUUAAAAUCUUUAAAACACAAAUUCCAAAUGAAGAUGUUGGCUGGCCAUCCAGAUGAUGAUGAAGAACAAAACGGCCCACUUUUGCUCUCUCGGGAGCUUGCGGAUGCGUUAGCUGGUGGGCCUCUUUGCUUGGUCUUGGGCAGUGAAGGCCGUGGCCUUUCAGAGGAAUCCAAGCAGGCCUGUGAGCUUGUCAGCAUUCCGAUGGCCGGUGAGUUUGAGUCUCUCAACGUAUCGGUUGCCGGCGGGAUUUUCUUGUUUAUGCUGCAGCCUGAGUACCAGAGAGUAGUUAUCUGAUGAUCUGAUCCGCUGUUUUGCAUGGAUUCUGAUUUCUCUUUAUUUCAUUCUCCAUUGAGGGAA